UAUAAAAGCUGAUGGUUCUAUGGAUGGAAUUCACAUUCCGUCAAAAACCUAGUAAGACAACAAGUCUCGCGACUUUUUUUUUCUUCCCUAUUUAACUAAACAUAAGCAAGAUGAACUCCUUCGUUAUGUUUGCGGUCUUUGCUUUGGCCGCUGUUGCCAAUUGCGAAGCCCCUGGAGGCUACAACUACAACAGACCAUCAUCCGGUGGUGGCUUCUCAGCUGGUGGAAGCUCUUUCGGAGGUGGAUCAGGUUUAGGUGGUGGAAACUAUCAACAAGUAGCCAUUGGUGGAAACACAUAUGAAGGCCAACAAGUUGACCAACAAUUAUUAAACAACAUCCGUCAAAUCUUGUUGCAAGAAGAAAGCAAAGCUAGCGCCGGUGGAUCAGCUGGUGGAUUCGGAGGUGGAUUCGGAGGUGGUGCUCCAAGCUCUUCAUAUGGAGUUCCACAACAACAAUACGGUGUACCAGCUCAACAAUCUCGCGUUGUCGGAAUUGUAUUAGAGAACACUGUUCCAGCAAUUCAAGUUGCCCAAUACCGUGCACAAUCACAAGUAGCUGGAGGUUACUCUGGUGGCGGAUACCCAUCAGGCCCAGUCGGAGGAGUCGCCCCAAGUUCAAGCUACGGAGCUCCAGCCCGUCCAUCAAGCAGCUAUGGAACUCCAUACUAAGCGUGUUUGAUCACAUUUAACCUGACACAUUCAAAACAUGAAACACAAUGCAGACACGAUCAACACAACACUUAAUGGACAUGAAGAGACUUUGUAGAAUAAUCAGAAAUAUUGCUUUGAUCGUCAAAUCUAAUAUUUAGAGCAGAUGAAUCAAGGCUGCUGUGUUCACAGCACUCAUCCAACAUCUUAAAUUUGUUGAACAACAUACAACGCUAAUCAGCCAAACAAACGUUAAAGAAAUUAUGGCAAAUUUCGUUUUCAUGAUAUCAUCAAAAAUUUUUUUUUGUUAUUUCAAAAUACAUUGAUGGCAUAUCACAAAUAACAUCUUCAUACUUGAAACUUCCCAGUGUAGGCGAGAAACUUUUGACAGAAAGUAUUGACAGAAAGAACAACAAAUAUUUAAGAACAUUUAAUGUAUGAAUAUUAAACGGGUCACGUAUGCACAAAACUUCUCCAUUCAACAAGAGGCUUGUUCUUAUUGUCGAACUUUCUAUCGAAAGUAGAUAUCAAAAUUCCACGGGAAGUUCAACCCCCAACACAACACAAAAUUCGGUUAUGAAACAUGGCAUAAACAGACGACUUCAACCAAGCGGACUUAAUGAAUCGGAUUUAACAAAUUCGAGCUCUAAACUUUCUUGGGCUUUCGAUUUGCAAAUUCUUUUGUAAAUAGCUUUUAUGACUUCUUCGUCUUAUUAUUAAAUAUAUUAAAUGAAUAAAAAAAACAUUUGUCACCGUUGAAAAAAAA